AUGAGCCGGAACAUCCGACAGCGACGCGGUGCACGCGCACUCGUCGCUUCUCUUCUUCUUCUUCUACUUCUGACUCUCACAGCCAGCUCAAGCCUGGCUGUUGCCCAGCCCUGCAUGAACUCCGACGAGCCGGCAUCGGGUCAGGCAGGCACACGUGUGACAAUUUAUGGAAGCAACCUGCUCGGUCAGGUUGGCACGGCCAUCACCUCCGUUCGGCUCGCAGGUGUCCCUGCGGAAAUCGUCGAAGGAACAUCCCAGUCCCAGGUCGUCGUCAUCGCGGCCGAAGGCACAGCCGGCGAGGGCGACGUCGUCCUCGAGGCAAACACGGGUGCAACCGCAGUCAGCCCAAACGCCUGGCAGUACAUCAACCCUGGGCGCAUCGACAGCGUGGGCCCGGCCUCGGGACAAGUCGGCACCUUGGUCACCAUCCGCGGCUACGAGCUCCUCGGCGGGGGCGAUUCGCCGAUAAACGUGACCUUGGGCGGCAAGCAGGCGACGGUCGUGUUGUACAACAGCACGCACCUCGUCGCGCGCGCCCCAGCCCGUGACCCGGGCCUGUCCCACGUCACCAUUCGCAGCAACACUGGUGCAGUGGUCACCGCGAACGAUGCCUUCACGUAUCUCAACCAGAGCAGCAUCGCCGGCGUCAAUCCAAACACGGGCCAGCUCGGAACCGUCGUUACCAUCCUCGGCACGCGCUUGUUCGGCGGCGGCUCAGCUGUUGCAGAGGUGCAACUAGCUGGAACCUCCGCAGCCAUUCUCCGUGCUACCGACACCGAGAUUGUGGUAGUCGCUCCAGACCAUGGACCGGAGACCGGCGACGUGCUGGUUACAGCUGACACUGGGGCGACGACGACGAGCACGGGUGGCUUCACGUUUGCGGAGCGCGGCGCUGUGGCGACGGUGAGCCCGACAAGUGGCCAGCACGGAACGCUGGUGACGAUUCGUGGCGACAGGCUUCGUGGCAGCGGCAGCGCGGUUGUCAACGUGACGCUGGCUGGACGCACAGCCACGGUGUUGGAGGAGAACAGCACGACGGUGAUUGUGGCGGCUGGUGCAGGCGCCGAGACAGCUGUGGCUGGCGACGUUGUGCUGACUGCGGACACGGGUGCGGAGGUGACGCGUAGCGGCGUGUUUUCGUACGUCGCCGCUGGGGAGAUCACCGACGUGACGCCCGCGUCUGGCGGCGCCGGGACGCGAGUGACGGUGCUCGGGCGUGACCUGUGUGGCGGUGGCAGCAGCGUGGUGCGCGUGCUGCUUGCUGGCUUUGAGGCCGAUGUUGUGAGCGGCGGGUGUGCGCGCGUUGAGGCGACUGCGCGUGACUUUGGCAUGGUGCUUUCUGGGCCGGUGCUGCUGAUUUCGGACACUGGCGCGAUGGUUGAGUCCAGCGGGGACGCGUGGACAUACCUUGCUGAAGGGCGGAUCACGUCUGUGUCGCCGAGCGCGGGGCAGGACGGCACUGAGGUGCACAUCCGCGGCGAGCUGCUGCUGGGUGGCGGCACGAGUGCUUCUCGCGUGACGCUGGCUGGCGUGGCGGCGUUUGUGCUGACAUCGAAUGAGACGGACGUUGUGGUGCGCGCGUUCCCCGGGACGAGCAGCGGCGACGUUGUGAUUGUUGGGGACACUGGCGUGAGCGUGCGGCUGACGAAUGCAUGGACCUACAGCGUGAUUGAGAGCGUUGAGCCUGCAUUUGGGCAGCGCGGCACGGUUGUGACGCUGAGCGGGCGCGCCUUGCUUGGCGGCGAGGGCGACGUGUCACGGGUGCUCCUUGGCAGCGUGGAAGUGAGCGCGAUCCUGCGGAACAGCAGCGACGAGGUUGUUGUUGUUGCUGGCGACCGGACUGUGUUUGCUGACGCGGUUGGGCACGUUGAGAUUGAGCUUGCGAGCGGACGGCAGGUUGUUCUUCGGGAUGCUUGGACGUACCGGCGUGCGGGCUCGAUUGCGAGCGUUGUGCCUGCGUCUGGGCACUUUGGAACGGUGGUGCGCAUUGGCGGCAGCCGGCUGCUUGGCCAUGGGCAGUCGCUGGUUGGUGCAACGCUGGCUGGCGUGGCUGCUGAAGUUGUGUCUGCGAGCAACACGGACGUUGUGCUGGUGGCGAAUGCAAGCAGCAGCGCACGCUCUGGCAACGUUGUUCUCAUUGCGGACACUGGUGCGACGGUUGUUCUUGAGGACGGCACGAGCGGGCUUGCGGAGUGGACGUACGUGGCGCCCGGCGUGAUCAGCGAGGUUGAGCCGAGCUUUGGGCAGGUUGACACGCGCGUGACGGUGCGCGGGAGCGGCCUGCGCGGCGGCGCGGCGAGCACGGCACGAGUUGUGCUGGCUGGCGUUGAGGCGACGCAGGUUGUGUCUGACAGCGACAGCGAGAUUGUUGUUGUUGCUGGGGCGAUUGCGGGCGGCGUUUCGCGGGCCAACGGCAGCGUGCGCGUGUUUGGCAGCACGGGUGCUGAGGUGUCUGGGAGCGGCCUGUUUUCGUAUGUUGCGCGGGGCGUGAUCAGCGAUGUUGAGCCGAGCAGUGGGCACGGCGGGACGCUUGUGACGAUCCGGGGCGAGCGGCUUGAUGGCAGCGGCGGCAGCGUUGCUCGGGUGCGGCUUGCUGGGGUGUGGACGAGCGUGAUCUUGCGGCAGAACAGCAGCGAGGUAGUUGUUGCAGCGGAGGCGAGCAGCGGCGCUGUUGCGGGCGGCGAUGUGCUUCUUGAGUCUGCGAGCGGGGCGACGGUGGAGGCGGCUGGGCGGUUCAGCUAUGUUGCGCCGGGCGUUGUUUCUGCCGUUGAGCCUGGGAGCGGAAGCGCGGGCACUGUGGUGACGGUGCGCGGGAGCGGGCUGCUGGGCGGCGGCGGUGCAGCUGCGGCUGUGCGCCUGAGUGGCGUGGAGGCGCAGCAGGUGCUGUGGUCGAACGAGAGCGUUGUUGUGGCUGUUGCCGGUGCCGGCAGCAAUGUGACGGGCGACGUUGAGAUUACGGCAGACACUGGUGCUGUGGUGCGCGGGCUUGCGUCGAGCGGGCGCGGGUUCACGUACGUUGUGGCUGGCGUGAUCGAGGCUGUGCAGCCGAGUUCUGGCCGCGUUGGCACGGUGGUGACGCUGUCUGGGAAUGGCCUGCUUGGUGGCGGUAGCGCUGCUGGGCAGGUGAGCCUGGGCGGGGUGCCGUGUGAGGUGCUGACCUCGGGCGCACUUGAGGUGGUUGUGCGCGUUGGUGCUGGCGGCGUUGGCGGCGCUGUGGGCGAUGCUGUGGUUGUGGCUGACACGGGCGCUGAGGUUCGCAAGGCAGCUGCGUGGACGCAAGUUGACGCGGGCGCGAUUGACAGUGUGACGCCCGGGUCUGGACAGGCUGGGACGCUUGUGAAUGUGACUGGGCGUGUGCUGCUGGGCGGCGGGAGCCGGAUUGUUGAGGUUAUUCUCGGCGGGACGGCUGCGUCUGCUGUCGUGGACGGGGACCAGGAGACGUUUGUGACUGUUGUUGCGAACAGAAGCGCGAGCGCCGGCGACGGCCGCGUGGUUGUUCGCGCAGACACUGGCGCAGAGGUGUCGCUGGACGCUGCAUGGAACUACACGGACGUUCCCACGGUUGAGAGCACGUAUCCUUCAAGUGCCGCGGCGGGCUCCCGCAUCAUGUUUGUCAUCAGCCACCUCAUUCAGCCUGGCGAUUCCUUGGCUGUGGUGACUGUUGCUGGGCAAUCAGCCGCCUUCUCCGCCAUCAACGCGACGCACGUAUUUGUGACGCUUCCAAGCUCCAGCGCUGUCGGCGACACCACCGUGCAGUUUACGUCUGCGCGCGGAACACUGCUCGCCGCCACCGUCACGGUGUCUCCAUCGCCUUUCGUGUCAUCAAUCACACCAAACACCGGUCAGCUUGGCACGGUUGUGUCUUUGGCUGGCAGCGACUUGCUUGGUGGAGCCGACGAUGUGCAAGCUGUGCUCUUUGGCACCACACCAGCUGUCGUCCAAUCGGCAGCCGACACACUCAUUGUGGUUGAGGCGCCUUUUUCCGCCUCCAAUACAACCGUCGACGUUGUCAUCGUCACCGGGCUUGGCGCCGCCUUUGUGCAGAGUGACGCCUUUGCUUACCUGCGCCCGGCUUCUGUGGCCAGCGUCAUUCCAUCGUCUGGCCAGGUUGGGACCAUCGUUUCCAUUGACGGCUCUGGCUUCAACGACACGGCCUCUGCUGUGGAGCGCGUGUUGCUCGGCGACACACCGGCAACGCUGCUGGCUGCGUCUGACACGAGCAUUGUGUUCCGGGUCACCAACGUGUCCCACGAGCUGCUGGACGUGACGCUGGUAACCGGCACGGGCGUACGUCAUGUGCUUGCGUCCUCGUUCCGCGCAUACUCGCCUGGCGUGAUUGCAGACGUGACGCCGUCUUCCGGGCGCGAAGGAACAGAGGUUGUCGUGUACGGCACACAUCUGCGCGCGCACAGCCCUGCUGUGACCAACGUCUCGUUUGGCUCGUACCCCGCUCGCAUUGUGCGGGAGACUGACUACUUUGUGAGCGUUGUCCUGACUCAGGCUCCAGCGACGAGCGAGCUCGUCGACGUUUCGCUGACGACCACCUUUGGCGCUGUGACAACCAAGCGCGACGCCUUUAUGUUUGUGCCGCGCGGCAAUGUGACCGCCGUAUCCCCUUCGUCUGGUGUUGGCGGCACGCGCGUGGUCAUCCAGGGCAGCAACCUGCUCGGUGGCGGCACACGCAUCAUCUCUGUGACCCUUGCCGGCGUUGACGCCACGCUGGUGCACUACAACAACACGGUGAUUGAAGUCGUGGCUCGCGCGGGCGACCCAGGCCUUGGAGAUGUCAUCAUCUCCAGCAACACGGGCAGCGUCACCGUCCUGGACAACGCAUGGGCGUAUGUUCCCGUGGGUGAGAUUCACGCCGUGCUCCCCGCACAGGGCCAGGCCUAUGCGCGCGUGACUGUCGUGGGCCUGGGGCUGUUUUCUGGGGCGCCUGGCCUCGAGCGUGUUCGCCUGGCUGGCGAGGACGUGUUGCGCAUCGUGUCGGCGAGCGACUCGAAGGUGGUGGUCAUUGCCCCCGCCGUUCCGGCGGCGACAACGGGCAACGUGGAGCUUGUUUCCACCACCGGUGCCAAGGUUACGCGGACAGCGGGGUUUUCGUUUGUGGACCCUGCCAACGUUACGGCCGUGACCCCAUCCUCUGGUCAAUUGGGCACGCGCGUCACGCUCGCAGGAUCAGACCUCCUGUGCGGUGACUCUGCCCUUGCGUCUGUCCGCAUCGGCGGGCAGGAAACGGCCAUUCUGUACGCGUCAUCCGAACAGGUGAUUGCUCGCGUGAACACGACACUCGAGCCCGGCAUGUACCAGCUCACCGUGACUGCCGCCUCUGGCGCUAACUACACUGCUGCGCCACACCAGUUUGAAGUGCUUGCGCAGGGCGCCAUCGACGCCGUGCAGCCAGCCGCUGCACAAGCUGAUGCCUUUGUCACCAUCCGUGGGCGUGGCUUGUUUGGUGGGGCUGCGUCGCUUGCAACCGUGUCCUUGGGCUCGCCCGCCGUCACCGCCACAAUCGUGAGCCAGUCGAGCUCCGUGGUGGUGGUGCAAGUGCCCCGCGUGCCGUAUGCCGCCGGCGCCGCUCCAAUCACGCUCACGGCCGCUUCAGGUGCGCUUGUGUCCAACGCCACCGCGUUUGAGCUGCUCGAGCCCGGCGUCAUCACCAGCGUCGCCCCUUCCUCUGGGCAGGAAGGCACAUUGGUGACCAUCGCCGGCGAGCGCCUGCUGGCUGGCAGUGAUUCCCUUGAUGUCGUGUACAUCGCCAACACAUCUGCAGUGCAAGUGCUGCUUGCCACUGACACCCGCGUGGUUGCGCGCGCCGCUGCUGGCCCGCUGGUUGUGGACGACGUCGUGCUGGUUGGCGCUGCUGGGGGCCGCGUGGUCGCUCCUGACGCAUGGCACCGCCUGGCUGCAGGGCAGAUUGCCACUGUCACUCCAACGAUUGGGCAAGAAGGCACGUUUGUCAAUGUGACUGGAACGAACCUGCUUGCUCACAGCGAUGGUCUUGCCAGCGCUUCCCUUGCCGGUACGCCUGCAGACGUCAUCGCCGCGACGCCCCAGCUCGUGCAGUUGCGCGCACGCGUGUCAUCCCCGCGCACGGGCCCCGUGGUUCUUCAGGCCAGCUCAGGCGCAGUCGUCGAUAGCCGUGGCGUUGCCAACUUCACCAGCGCACAGGCUGGACGCAUCGAUACGGUCGCCCCGGCCGUGGGGCGCGCCGGCACGUUUGUGACGCUUGUCGGCACCAACCUGCUCGGCCACGCCGCCUCGCUGUCCUCUUGCGUUGUUGCAGAGGACGCGCUGGCGGCCAUCGUGGAUGCCAACAACACGCGCGUCGUUGUGCGCCUGCCAGAGGGGCCUGCGCCUGGGCUCGUGAACAUCACGCUGCAGGCGACUUCUGGUGCCCUCGUGCAUCGUGCGCAUGCGUUUGAAUAUGUUGGCGAGGGUGCCAUCUCCACCGUGCUCCCGGCAUCUGGUCAGAAGGGCACCCGCGUCACCAUUCGUGGCACCGCUCUGCUUGGCGCAGGCGAUCACGCAACGUCCAUCACCCUCGCUGGCGCAGUCACUACGAGGGUGUUGUCUUCCAACGACACCACCAUCGUUGUUGAGGCGCCCGCCGGUGCAGCCCAGGGUUUGGGCGCCGUCUCCGUUGAGGCAAACACCGGCGCUGUGGUGUCCCAGGAGGAUGCCUUUGCCUUCAUCGAGCCGGGCCAAAUCACUCUCUUCUCCCCGAGCUCUGGUCAGUAUGGAACGUGGGUCAACAUCACGGGCCAAAACCUCCUUGGCGGCGGCUCCACUGCCGCAGAUGUGCUCUUUGGCGGCUUCUCUGCGGAUGAAGUGGCGUUUGCCUCCCCCUUCAUGGUCCGUGCGCGAAUCGGGCAGCAAGUGCCGUCGCCGGGGCCAAUCAACGUGACCAUUGUUGCCGACACGGGUGCGCGGGUGACGAGUGAGGGCGCCUUUACCGUGACCUCCUCCAGCACGAUCGCGUCCGUGAGCCCCGCUCUGGGCCAGCGCGGCACACGGGUGACCAUCAGUGGUCAGAACCUGUUUGGCGCAGGCCCUGCCCGCAUCGCAGCCGUACACCUGGCUUCCGUGUCCGCAGUGGUCCUGAACGGCUCCAGUGACACGCAAGUGAUCGUUCAGGCGCAGGCCAGCCCCGUGGCCGUUGCAAACGCCACGGUGACAGUGGAGGCAGCCAGCGGCGCCUUGACUGUGGCGCCAGCGUCCUGGUCAUACAUUGCCCCGGGCGCCAUUGCCAGCGUCACGCCAGCCAUGGGACAGGCGGGAACGCGCGUCACCAUCACCGGCACUAACCUGCUUGGUGGUGCGCCUGCGCUUGCGCUCGUGUCCAUCGCAGGCUCCCCUGCGCAAGUUGUGAGCCAGAGCAACACGCGCGUGGUUGUCAGGGCCGGCGCCGCCGCCCCUGGCUUGGGCGACGUUGUGCUUGAGGCCUUGUCCGGAACGCUCGUGGAGCAAACAAGCGCCUUCACGUACACCAACAUGAGCGAGAUCACGUCUGUGUCGCCCUCUGUGGGUCAGGAAGGUACCUUGGUCACCAUCCGGGGCACCCGCCUGCGUGGCGGCGCGAACCGCGUGGCCAACGUGACACUGGCUGGUGUUCUGGCCACCACCCUCUCUGAGGAUGACACCACCGUCGUUGUUCGGGCCAGCUUCUCCUUCAGCGCCAUGUCUGGCCCCGUUGUUGUCAUGUCGGACUCUGGCGCUCGCACACAGGCGCCGCAGCCGUUCUCGUACCUCGAGCCCCCAUCGGUGGUCUCCAUCGCCCCAAGCACGGGCCAGGAGGGCACGCGCCUCACCAUCACAGGCCUUCGCCUGCACAAUGGCGGAAGCGCGGUGGUGUCCGCUUCCCUCGGCGCGUUCAACGCCUCUGUUGUUUCGUCCAACGACACGGAAGUGGUCAUUCGCGCCGGCGCUGGUCCUUCAACGCAGACGGCUGUGGACAUUGUGCUGCAGUCUGACACGGGGUCCAUCACUCGCGGUGCUACGCCAUGGACGUUUUCUCCUCCUGGCAGCAUCGCCAUUGUCGAUCCAACCACUGGGCAGCAAGGCGCGCUUGUGCGCAUCACAGGCACCAACCUGUGCGGCGGCGGCUCAUCCAUCGCUCGCGUGCGUCUCGCCAACGUCGAGGCCGAGAUCCUGUCCCAGACGUCGUGCGGCCUGCUGGAGGUGCGGGCCGGUGCAUACGGUGCACCGGUCACGGGCUCCAUCGAGUUGGAAUCUGACACGGGGGCCCUGGUCACCAAAGCCGAUGCCUGGACAUACGUCACCUCGGGCUUCAUCUCCAGUGUCACGCCUGCUGCCGGUCAGAGCGGGGAGCUGGUCAGCAUCCUGGGCAGCAACCUCUUUGGUGGCGCAAGCACAGCCUCGCAGGUCACUUUUGGUGGUGUCCCUGCCACCAUCAUCAACGCUGGCCCGCAAAGCGGACAGCCGAACCUGGGCGAUGUUGUCAUCACGGGCACCUCGGGCGUGGUGAUCCGGGCCGUCGAUGCCUUCACCUACUCCACGGUUGACCGCGUAUUCCCCAGCAGUGGCCAGGGCGGCACGCGCGUGACCAUCAGCGGCGUUGCGCUGCUUGGUGACAACACGCAGCUUGAGCGCGUCGAGCUUGCAGGCAUCUCUGCCGCCAGCAUCAUCUCCUUCAACAGCACUCAGGUCGUGUGCGUGGCCCGCGCCGCCGGUGUGUCCCAAGCGCAGCCCGGGCAGGUUGUGCUGGUUGCCACCACACAGGAAAUUACCAGCACAGGCACAGCGGACUGGACAUACCAGCCACCCGGCGCAAUCGCAUCCGUGAACCCAGCGCGCGGUCAGCGCGGCACGCUCAUCACCGUUCGCGGCUCCACACUGCUUGGCUACGGCGAAAGGCUGGUGCAGGUGACGGUGGCCAACGUUACCGCAACCCGCAUCAUCAACGCUACCAACUCGGUGGCUGUCGUGGAGGCCGGGCUAAGAACUGCGGGCGCCACCGGCAACGUUGUUUUGGUCGCCGACACAGGCGCAACCAUCACCGCCCUUGCGGCCUUCACAUACGCAGACGCGCCCGUGCUGGCCGCUGUGUCCCCUUCCUCCGGCCAGCUCGGAACCCACGUCACGGUCACGGGCCAGAACCUGCUCAUGGGCUCUGAUAGCCUGAGGUCGGUCUCCAUCGCAAACGAAUCGGCAACCAUUCUCUCGCAGAACGACACACACGUUGUGGUGCGCGCGCCACGCUCCUCACCGAAAACAGGCCUCGUGCGGCUUGUGUCCUCCGAGUUUGCUUCCGUGACUGGCCUCUCCUUUACGUUCCUUGAGGAGGGCGUGGUCAACACCGUAUCCCCUAGCUCUGGACAGGGCGGCACGCGCGUCACCCUCACCGGUGAGCGUAUGUUUGGCGGUGCCUCGGGUAUCGCUGCGGUUGAGCUGGCUGGCGUUCCUGUCCAGGAGAUUGUGUCCAGCAACACCACACACGCUGUGGUCAUCGCCAGCGAUGCAAGCGCAGUCGCACCAGCCGCUGUCACCGUCAUUGCCAACUCGGGCGCGCUCGUGACAUCGGCGGACCCUGGCGCGUGGCAGUACUUGACCCCUGGCGCAAUCACGAGCGUCGACCCGGACAUGGGCCAGGUUGGCACACGCAUCACCAUCACCGGCCAACGUCUUCUUGGGGGCGGCACCUCCAUCGCUUCCGUUCGUCUCGGCACUGCCGGUGCUCGGGUUGUGAGCGGCAGCUCCACGACCGUUGUUGCCGUCGUGCCAAGCGGCGCUGCAGGCGUGCGCGACGUUCACGUCGUUGCCAACACGCUUGCAACGACGACGCUCUGGACAGGCUUCACGUUCCUGGAGGAGGGCGUCAUCGACAGCUUGCAGCCAAGCUCAGGUCGACUGGGCACCCGCGUGACCAUUCACGGCUUGCGCCUUCUCGGUGGCAGUGAUGCACUGCAGCAGAUCCUGUUUGGAACGGUCCCUGCGACGAUCAUCGACUUCAACACAACCACCGUGGAGGCUUUUGCCCCAGCCAUGGCCGCGGGUACCAGCAAUGUUACCCUCGUUAGCGACACAGGUGCCGUCGUGCGUUCUGUGGACGGAGCUUGGACACAGGUCGACGCCGGCCAAAUCCUCUCUGUUGAGCCAGCGGCGGGCAUUCCGACAGCCUUGGUCACCAUUCGUGGCCAGGACCUGCUUGGCAUCGGUACCAUUGCGCAACAGGUCACACUUGGUGGCUCUCUGGCCGAAGUUCAACAGUCAAACGCAACUGUGGUGAUCGUGAGAGCCGGCGUUCGCCCGGCGGUGCCAGACUCAGCGGUCACCGUUGUUGCUGACACCGGCGACACGGUGUCGGCUGACAGCGUGUGGACCUUCCAUCCUCUGCCGAACAUCACGAGUGUUGCGCCUGCCAAUGGACAACAAGGGACGCGCGUAACCAUUACGGGAAGUGACCUCAUCACAGGUGGCGUGCGUGUGGCCUCAGUGCAGUUGGCAGGCGUCACCGUGUCAGAAGUGCUGUCGCAAUCGCCUGAUUCGCUUGUUGUCAUCGCUGGGCCAUCAUCCACCAGCGUGAGCGGCGCGGCGACUAUCACCCUCACUUCCGGCGCGUCGUUUGCCAGCUCACAAUCCUUUGAGUACUUGGCACCGGCCGACAUCAGCAGCGUGAGCCCAGGCUCUGGAACGCUGGGGACGGUCAUUACGGUGUCCGGCUCCCACCUUCUGGGGGGCGGCACGACUGUCGUCGCUGCUCGUAUUGGUGAUGAUGCUGCUGAACGCGUUCUCUUCGCCAAUGACUCGCGCGUUGUGUUCAAGGCCGGCAAUGCAGACACGCCGUCAGCCAACAGAACUGUUUUGUUGACUGCAGAUACAGGCGCGUUCGUUUCCGUGAGCAGUGCCUUCUCUUACAUCACGCCUGCAAGCGUUUUGUCCGUCUCACCCAGCUCCGGAACACAGGGCACCAGGGUCACCAUCUCUGGGCAGCGCCUCUUCAGCGAUGGCUCAUACCUCACAGAGGUGCUACUCGCGGGUGUUCGCGCCCAAAUCCUCAACAUGACUGAGGUACAAGUUGUUGUGGCAUGUGGCUUUGCAAACCAAACCAGUGGGCCCGUGGUCCUCGUCAGCAACACCGGUGGCAGGAUUGAACAAGCUCAAUUUUCCAUCAUCAAGCCGCCCGUGCUCCUGGCAGCCAGCCCAGACAGUGGGCAGGAGGGCACCCACGUGAUCCUGUACGGCGAGCGCCUUCGUGCCGGUGGCAACGCCAUCACGCAGGUCACCCUAAACGGUGUCGCCGCCACGAUUGUGGAUGAAACAAACGUGUUCGUUCGCGUGAUUGCACAGGAUGGCCCGGUGGGGCGCGGCCCGAUUCACCUCACCGCAAACACCGGGGGCGUCGUGCAGUCAACCGUGGCUUGGGAGUACUUGACAAAAGCGGUGAUCGAUACUGUCGCUCCAAGCAGUGGACAGCUAGGGACUCUUGUUACGAUACAGGGCAGCAACCUGCUCGGCGGCGGCACGGAGGUAAUUCGUGUCAUCCUCGCAGGCACCGAUGCCACCAUCUUGUCUCAAAACAACACGCACAUCGUCGUGCGAACAAGCCGUGGCACAGGCUUGCCCACUCAAGGAGAUGUCGUCGUCAUCAGUGACGAACUCUCUCGAGUAGUUGCUGAAGACGCCUUUGCAUACAUCGCUCCUGGAGAUGUCGAUGGUGUGAUGCCAAGCCAAGGCAGCUUUGGGACGCGCGUCACGAUCGUGGGCACGAACCUGCUUGGCGGAGGGUCGUCGGUGUCACUGGUGGAGCUUGCUGGCGUUGAGGCACAGGUUGAGUCUGCGACAGCGGGGCAAGUUGUGGUCAUUGCACAGGCAUCGAACGCCACGAGCGUUGGAGAUGUUGUGCUGCACUCUGACACUGGUGCUGUCGUCGUCCAGUAUGACGCCUGGCAGUACGUGACACCUGGCCGCAUUCUGACAGUAACGCCGAUGUCUGGACAGGGUGGCACGUACGUUGACAUUGUGGGCACAGGGCUCUUGAGCGGCUCGCGCGAUGCCGGUGCGGUCCACCUCAGCGGUGUGGCUGCUGUUGUUCUGAGCGCAAACGACACGCACGUGCGUGCGCGUGCUGGCGAGGGCGUGCCUGGACUCGGGGACGUGGUUGUGACGUCUGCGGAUGGCGCGCCUGUUGUGGCUGCGGAUGCGUGGACGUACACUGCAGCUGGCAACAUCUCGGGCAUUGCCCCUGUGAGCGGUCAGGAGGGCACUCACGUCACCAUCCGCGGCGUUGCGCUGCGCGGUGCUGGGGCACUUGUGCACCGUGUGCUGCUUGGAGACAGUGAGGCUGACGUGUUGUUUGAGAAUGACACGCUGGUGGUUGUUCGCGCUGGCCAUGGGGCUGCAGGCGUUGUGCAUGUCGUGCUUGAGUCGUCAUCUGGCGCGCUUGUUUCGGCGGACAACGCCUUCACAUACCUUGAGCGCGGCGAAGUUGCAGCUGUGUCACCGACAUCUGGGCAGCUUGGCACGCUUGUGACCAUCACUGGAGCGCGGUUGCUUGGUGGCGGAUCGUCGAUCCGCACCGCGACGCUCUCCGGUGUGAGUACGGAGGUGGUGGGCGCCACAGCUUCAACGGUAGUUGUGCGUGUGACAUCGUCAUUUGCCAGUAUGACCACGGGCGAUGUGAUGCUUGUGUCCGACACGUACGCGGUUGUUCGUGGCAGCGGCUUGUGGACAGGGCUUCCUGACGGAACAAUUGCCGACGUUGCACCCAGCGCUGGCGUUGUGGGCACGCUUGUGACUGUGCGCGGUGCCAACUUGCUUGGGUACGCCGCUGGCCUGGAUGAGGUGACGCUUGCUGGUGUGAAUGCAACGAUUGUGUCGGCGAAUGCUAGCGUUGUCGUCGUGGCUGCUGGAUCAUCGCUGUCUGCUGUGACGGGCGGUGUGGUACUGGUGGCAACGAGUGGUGCAACCGUUUCGGCGAGCGGAGCGUGGAGCUACGUGGCGCCAGGCCAGAUCACUCGCGUGCGCCCUGCGUCUGGCCAGGUGGGCACGCGGGUCACGAUUGAAGGAACUGGCCUUCGGGCGGCGGCGUCUGCAGUGGCGACAGUGCUGCUCGGUGACCUCACGUCUACUGUGCUGACCUCAAACGACACGACUGUGGUGGCGGUGUGCCCUGAUGGCCCUGCCUCCGGCGUUCCCGAGCGCGUGAAGGUUGUGGGAGUGAGUGGCGGUUUUACGCUGGCGGAGUCACAGUUCACGUUCCUGGAGAAGGGUGUGAUCGCAGACGUAUCACCAGAAAUUGGCCAGGUUGGCACGCGCCUUGUUGUGAGUGGCGAGCGCCUACUUGGUGGUGGUGCGCGUGUGACGCGCGCCGAAAUCGGCGGCGCUGUGGCUGAGAUUGAAAGUAGCAAUGCCACGACGGUGGUGCUGGUUGCGGGCGCUUCGAGUGCUGGUGCAGCCGACGUUGUGCUUGUGGCCGACACUGGUGCAACUGUUCGCCUCGACGCAGGCUUCACGUACCUCGAAGAAGGCGUCAUUGAGCAGAUCAGCCCACGUGGCGGCCAGGAGGGCACGCUUGUGACGAUUGAGGGUGAACGGCUGCUGGGAGGCGGCGCUGCGCUUUCGCGAGUGCUGCUGGCAGGACAGCCGGUGCUGCAUGUUAUGUCUGCGAGUGAUACGCUCGUGGUGGUGCGUGCAGGUGCCGGAAUGCCGGGCACAGGUGAUGUGAUUGUUGAGUCGACGAGUGGCUCCCGGGUGACGCUUCCAGGUGGGUGGAUGUACUUUGUGCCCAGCAGCAUUGCGGACGUGCAGCCGUCGUCCGGCCAAGUCGGGACUGUGGUUGACAUCUCUGGUAGCAACCUGCUUGGUGUGGCCAACGGGACUGCUGUUGCACAGGUGUGGCUUGACGGCACGGCUGUCAGCUCUAUUCUGAUUGGCGAUCGCCAGGACCUCGUGCGUGUGGUUGCAGCAAGGAACACGAGCAUGGGUGUUUUGGGCAGCGUCGUCGUGGAAGCCGACAGCGGCGCGCUGGCCUCGGUUGAUGGCCGAUGGACGUACUUGCUGGAGGGCGUGAUUUUGGGCGUUGUCCCCGCAUACGGCCAGGUUGGUACCCGGGUGACUAUCUCUGGUGCGCGGCUGCUUGGCGGUGGCAACACGGCUGUCAACGUGACGCUUGAUGGCACACCCGCAAGCGUGCUGUCAUGGGGACCAGAGCAAGUUGUGGUGCGGGCCGAGCGCAACAGCAGUGCUGAGGUUGGUGGAAUGGUGUCAGUUGUCAGUGAUACUGGUGCCAUUGUGUCUGGGGCUUCCCUGUUUGCGUACCGGACGGAGGGCCACAUUGAUCAAGUGGAGCCGUCCACUGGACAGGCGGGCACGAUUGUGACCAUCACCGGCCUGCGUCUGCGCGGGCACGGUGUUGUGGUUGACCGUGUGUUGCUUGGAGGCGCUGAAGCUGGCGUGUUGAGCGAAAGCGAUACAGCUGUUGUUGUGCGCGUGCCAGAUGCUUCUGCGGGCGUCGUUGAUGUUGUGAUCGUUGCUGACACUGGGGCGACGACGACGAGCACGGGUGGCUUCACGUUUGCGGAGCGCGGCGUUGUGGCGACGGUGAGCCCGACAAGUGGCCAGCACGGAACGCUGGUGACGAUUCGUGGCGACAGGCUUCGUGGCAGCGGCAGCGCGGUUGUCAACGUGACGCUGGCUGGACGCACAGCCACGGUGUUGGAGGAGAACAGCACGACGGUGAUUGUGGCGGCUGGUGCAGGCGCCGAGACAGCUGUGGCUGGCGACGUUGUGCUGACUGCGGACACGGGUGCGGAGGUGACGCGUAGCGGCGUGUUUUCGUACGUCGCCGCUGGGGAGAUCACCGACGUGACGCCCGCGUCUGGCGGCGCCGGGACGCGAGUGACGGUGCUCGGGCGUGACCUGUGUGGCGGUGGCAGCAGCGUGGUGCGCGUGCUGCUUGCUGGCUUUGAGGCCGAUGUUGUGAGCGGCGGGUGUGCGCGCGUUGAGGCGACUGCGCGUGACUUUGGCAUGGUGCUUUCUGGGCCGGUGCUGCUGAUUUCGGACACUGGCGCGAUGGUUGAGUCCAGCGGGGACGCGUGGACAUACCUUGCUGAAGGGCGGAUCACGUCUGUGUCGCCGAGCGCGGGGCAGGACGGCACUGAGGUGCACAUCCGCGGCGAGCUGCUGCUGGGUGGCGGCACGAGUGCUUCUCGCGUGACGCUGGCUGGCGUGGCGGCGUUUGUGCUGACAUCGAAUGAGACGGACGUUGUGGUGCGCGCGUUCCCCGGGACGAGCAGCGGCGACGUUGUGAUUGUUGGGGACACUGGCGUGAGCGUGCGGCUGACGAAUGCAUGGACCUACAGCGUGAUUGAGAGCGUUGAGCCUGCAUUUGGGCAGCGCGGCACGGUUGUGACGCUGAGCGGGCGCGCCUUGCUUGGCGGCGAGGGCGACGUGUCACGGGUGCUCCUUGGCAGCGUGGAAGUGAGCGCGAUCCUGCGGAACAGCAGCGACGAGGUUGUUGUUGUUGCUGGCGACCGGACUGUGUUUGCUGACGCGGUUGGGCACGUUGAGAUUGAGCUUGCGAGCGGACGGCAGGUUGUUCUUCGGGAUGCUUGGACGUACCGGCGUGCGGGCUCGAUUGCGAGCGUUGUGCCUGCGUCUGGGCACUUUGGAACGGUGGUGCGCAUUGGCGGCAGCCGGCUGCUUGGCCAUGGGCAGUCGCUGGUUGGUGCAACGCUGGCUGGCGUGGCUGCUGAAGUUGUGUCUGCGAGCAACACGGACGUUGUGCUGGUGGCGAAUGCAAGCAGCAGCGCACGCUCUGGCAACGUUGUUCUCAUUGCGGACACUGGUGCGACGGUUGUUCUUGAGGACGGCACGAGCGGGCUUGCGGAGUGGACGUACGUGGCGCCCGGCGUGAUCAGCGAGGUUGAGCCGAGCUUUGGGCAGGUUGACACGCGCGUGACGGUGCGCGGGAGCGGCCUGCGCGGCGGCGCGGCGAGCACGGCACGAGUUGUGCUGGCUGGCGUUGAGGCGACGCAGGUUGUGUCUGACAGCGACAGCGAGAUUGUUGUUGUUGCUGGGGCGAUUGCGGGCGGCGUUUCGCGGGCCAACGGCAGCGUGCGCGUGUUUGGCAGCACGGGUGCUGAGGUGUCUGGGAGCGGCCUGUUUUCGUAUGUUGCGCGGGGCGUGAUCAGCGAUGUUGAGCCGAGCAGUGGGCACGGCGGGACGCUUGUGACGAUCCGGGGCGAGCGGCUUGAUGGCAGCGGCGGCAGCGUUGCUCGGGUGCGGCUUGCUGGGGUGUGGACGAGCGUGAUCUUGCGGCAGAACAGCAGCGAGGUAGUUGUUGCAGCGGAGGCGAGCAGCGGCGCUGUUGCGGGCGGCGAUGUGCUUCUUGAGUCUGCGAGCGGGGCGACGGUGGAGGCGGCUGGGCGGUUCAGCUAUGUUGCGCCGGGCGUUGUUUCUGCCGUUGAGCCUGGGAGCGGAAGCGCGGGCACUGUGGUGACGGUGCGCGGGAGCGGGCUGCUGGGCGGCGGCGGUGCAGCUGCGGCUGUGCGCCUGAGUGGCGUGGAGGCGCAGCAGGUGCUGUGGUCGAACGAGAGCGUUGUUGUGGCUGUUGCCGGUGCCGGCAGCAAUGUGACGGGCGACGUUGAGAUUACGGCAGACACUGGUGCUGUGGUGCGCGGGCUUGCGUCGAGCGGGCGCGGGUUCACGUACGUUGUGGCUGGCGUGAUCGAGGCUGUGCAGCCGAGUUCUGGCCGCGUUGGCACGGUGGUGACGCUGUCUGGGAAUGGCCUGCUUGGUGGCGGUAGCGCUGCUGGGCAGGUGAGCCUGGGCGGGGUGCCGUGUGAGGUGCUGACCUCGGGCGCACUUGAGGUGGUUGUGCGCGUUGGUGCUGGCGGCGUUGGCGGCGCUGUGGGCGAUGCUGUGGUUGUGGCUGACACGGGCGCUGAGGUUCGCAAGGCAGCUGCGUGGACGCAAGUUGACGCGGGCGCGAUUGACAGUGUGACGCCCGGCCGGAUUGUUGAGGUUAUUCUCGGCGGGACGGCUGCGUCUGCUGUCGUGGACGGGGACCAGGAGACGUUUGUGACUGUUGUUGCGAACAGAAGCGCGAGCGCCGGCGACGGCCGCGUGGUUGUUCGCGCAGACACUGGCGCAGAGGUGUCGCUGGACGCUGCAUGGAACUACACGGACGUUCCCGUGAUCACAGACGUUACACCCAGCUCUGGCCAGCAAGGCACUGUUGUGACUGUGAGUGGCAACAACCUCCUUGGUGGCGGAUCUCAGGUUGUGUCUGGCAGCUUGAGUGGCGUCGCUGUGAGCGAAGUACUGAGCUCUUCGGACACGCGGGUGGUCGUGGUUGCAUCUGCAUUGAACACGAGCUCCACGGGUGGAGUUGUGCUGUCUGCUGAUAGUGGUGCGACGGUUACAUUGAGCCAGGCGUGGACGUACUUGGAGCCUGCCGUCAUUACAGGCGUGGAGCCCAGCUCUGGCCUCCUUGGCACACUGGUCACCAUCUCUGGAACUGGCCUUUUGGGCGGCGGCAAUAGGACGGCGACUGCUUGGUUUGGAGCGACGGAAGCCGAGAGCGUCGAGGCGUCAUCCGACAGUGUCGUUGUUGUGCGUGUGGGCCCAAGUGCACCUAGCCUCGUUCAGGUGCGGCUGCAAUCUGACAGUGGUGCUUGGGUGCGCUUGGAAGAUGCGUUCCAAGUGCUUCCAGCUGGAGUCGUUGAGGCUGUGUCGCCGGCUUACGGCCAGGCAGGUACACGCGUGACGAUCACUGGGCACACAUUGCUGGCUGACGGCGUGAAUCUCACACAAGUGCGCCUGGCUGGCGUGGAAGCUGAGAUCGAGUCAGCAAACGCAACGCAAGUUGUUGUUGUUGCCGCGCAUGCAUCUGCUGGUGUUGGCGAUGUCGUGCUUGUAGCUGACACGCUUGGUCGUGUUGAGGCUGCUGGUGCGUGGGAGUACCGCCGACGCGGACAGAUCUCGUCCAUCACACCCACUUCUGGUCAUGAGGGCACUGAAGUGCUGAUUUUGGGCCAGGAUCUGCUGGGUCACGGUGAGGACCUGGUUCAAGUGCGCCUGGGUGGAGUUGUGGCACGUCUUCUUGACCGUAACAACUUCUUUGCGCGUGUUGUUGCGGGUCGUGGCUCCCCGGCCGGACCAGUUGACGUGCGGCUCACCGCGGACACGGGCGCUGUCGUGGAGCAAGCUGACUUGUGGACGUACGUUGCACAGGCUGUGAUUAGUUCUGUGACGCCUUUGACAGGGCAGGCUGGUACCUUGGUGACGAUUCGUGGCAGCAACCUCUUGGCUGGUGCUGCGUCUGUGUCUGAGGUUCGCCUUGCCGGCGUCUCAGCCACCAUCGUAUCCUUCAACGAGUCAGUGGUGAUUGCACGUGCUGCUCAGCCACCUGCGUCUGCUCCUGCUGGUGGAAUCAACGUCACAACGUCUUCGGGUGCGUUUUAUGGCGGUCCUGCCGGAGUAGUCUGGACUUACAUGGAUGCUGGUGACAUUAACAUUGUCAUGCCAAGCCGAGGCAGCUUUGGGACGCGCGUCACGAUCGUGGGCACGAACCUGCUUGGCGGAGGGUCGUCGGUGUCACUGGUGGAGCUUGCUGGCGUUGAGGCACAGGUUGAGUCUGCGACAGCGGGGCAAGUUGUGGUCAUUGCACAGGCAUCGAACGCCACGAGCGUUGGAGAUGUUGUGCUGCACUCUGACACUGGUGCUGUCGUCGUCCAGUAUGACGCCUGGCAGUACGUGACACCUGGCCGCAUUCUGACAGUAACGCCGAUGUCUGGACAGGGUGGCACGUACGUUGACAUUGUGGGCACAGGGCUCUUGAGCGGCUCGCGCGAUGCCGGUGCGGUCCACCUCAGCGGUGUGGCUGCUGUUGUUCUGAGCGCAAACGACACGCACGUGCGUGCGCGUGCUGGCGAGGGCGUGCCUGGACUCGGGGACGUGGUUGUGACGUCUGCGGAUGGCGCGCCUGUUGUGGCUGCGGAUGCGUGGACGUACACUGCAGCUGGCAACAUCUCGGGCAUUGCCCCUGUGAGCGGUCAGGAGGGCACUCACGUCACCAUCCGCGGC